AAACCAAUGAUGUUACUGUCAGCUUCAGGACGAAACAAGCAACACAGAAAGCAGACGUGAAAAAAAUUCGAAGAAAACAGAACGGAACUGUGCAGCAUCGUUCGGAGUAUUUUUCGUAGAAGCUGUAGUAUGUAUGAAAACAUAUAUAGUGUAUUUGUGCUUCGCUCAAGUGAAUCGCAAUUGAUUUUUUCCUGCAUUCAUUUGAUGUGAUAAGUUAUUGGAACUUGUGGAAUAUCUCAAGGAUAUCGUAGAAAACGUAAAUUGGGUGCACAGUUUUGGAAUCCAGUUUUUUUUAAAUGCAAAUUGUAAUCGAAGUGCAUAAGUGCAAAGUUGUAAACAGAAAAAGGCGAAAUUUCCGGACAAGAAUUCAUGAUAUCAAAAUCAGCCACUAAAGAUGAGAUCCAAUGGUCCCUUAUAGAGGAACCGAAAUGAAAAGACAAGUGCUGGUGGUGUUCCCGGAACCAAUCUCUACUGGGAUCCGACGUACGGCCAUUCGUAAUACCGUACCAAGCCGGAAGUAUCUGUCGCGCUCGAAGGUGGCCAGCAUCAAUUCUCGUAAUUUAUGUGAUGUGUUCAUGGCUACCAUAAACAGUAGCGAACGAUUGCAGCAGUAGUGGCAAUGAAUGUGUGAUGCGCCGAUUGAAUAAUAUUGUGGUUAAAAUCGGCAAAGUGAAUCGCAUUGAAGAAUAUCAAACAGAUCUCUACGGAAAAAAAAUACUCGACGCGAAAAAGUGGUAUACGGCGAGAGACUGCGACAAGUUUUUGGUUGGGCCGUAAAAACACGCAAGCAGCUCCAAUGAGAAAAGUAAUGAUACCUUCGUUGGAUAUGAAAAAGAGCGUUUCGGUUAAAGUAGAUAGUGAUUUGACAUUACUACUAUCAAGUGGAGUGUAUGAAAUCAAAAAAAUGGAGCCUCGCAGGCGGCUCCGUCCCAUUGUGAUAAUCUGUUUGUUUCUCACGAUUGCUGGCAUUAUUGGAUUUGGGUACUUCUGUCCCGAUCAGGUGUGUGCUCUUUCACGGAGGGAAUCAACUAACAGCCAGGAGUUGAUUUCCGGCUUCGAACACGACAAUCUUGGCAAACCGGUGCAGCAGAAUUUGCUCGCGAAUCCUGGACUUAGCUACGAGGAGGUGCUGAACGAUGAUUUUCAAUUUGAUAUGAACGCACACGACGUGAUGGUGUUCCUGCACAUUCAGAAAACUGGCGGGACAUCCUUCGGGAAGCAUCUGGUUCGCGAUUUAGAUUUGAAGCGUCCUUGCACAUGUCAGCGCAAGAAGAAACGAUGCUACUGUUUCCGGCCACAUCGCAACGAGAAUUGGCUCUUCUCGCGGUACUCCACGGGAUGGAAGUGCGGUCUGCACGCCGAUUGGACCGAACUGACCGGAUGUGUGGAUCAGGAGCUGGACAAAAACGAAGGGGAAACCGCGAAACGACGAUACUUCUACAUCACACUGCUACGCGAGCCCAUAGCGAGGUAUCUGUCGGAGUUUCGUCACGUUCAACGGGGUGCAACCUGGAAGAACUCGCGACACUGGUGUCUGGGACGAACGGCGACUCCGGAAGAACUGCCACCAUGCUACCAUGGUGAAAAUUGGAACGGCGUGCAGCUGGAUGAGUUUGCAGGCUGCGAGAGCAAUCUCGCGGCCAAUCGUCAGACCCGUAUGCUAGCCGACCUAGCGCUGGUUGGCUGCUACAACAAAACCUAUAUGCCAUCGGCGGAACGUGACCGCAUCAUGCUAGCUAGUGCCAAGCGCAACCUCGCUGCCAUGUCCUACUUCGGUUUGACCGAAUAUCAAAAGAUCUCGCAAUAUAUAUUCGAAGAAACAUUUAAUUUACGCUUCGCUAUACCGUUUGAGCAGCACAACAACACCGUAUCUACGAGCACCAUGAAUGGGCUAGCAUCCGGCCAGAGGGCUAAAAUUGAUAAGCUAAAUGCACUCGACAUCGAGCUAUAUGCUUUCGCGAAGAAAUUGAUGUUCCAAAGAUUUGAAAGACUAAAAGCCAAAGAUAACGACUUUAACGUAAGAUUCGCGCAUUUAGGCAACCUAGGAGUUAAGAACGGUGUUACCGAGUUUAACUGGGAAAGUAAUAUCGACGAGGUACCGAGUGGGGAACACCACUGAUACAAAGCGUUGAAGGAUCGUGCCGAGGCGACACUCCCGCACAAUCCUUUGAACCGAACGACACAAAAGCCGUUGCCAUCACUUCGCACCCUGAAUCGUCCUGUGCCGCUGUCAUUAACUAUCAAUACCGUCACGUUUUCCCGCGUUUAUGAUGUUCCCGCCGAAAGUCGCCUGCCAGCAGCAGCGGUGGGCGCAAUUUCAUCAUUCUCAAACACCAAACCACACGCUUCCACUAGUCCGAACGAUCGGAAGCAGCAGCGUCGACAGCCACAGGAGUACGGGAAGCGGCCAUUCAAACUCACCAAGCAACAGAUUACAAUGCAAACGCUACGCGAUAGCAACCUUCACCCAAUCAAGGGAGCUAAAGAUCAACAACGGCAGCAACAGUAGCCAGUGAUGUUGGACAGUUAUAGGGUAGCUCCCAGUGUUGUUUGCAUAUUGAUUUUAGCAUUUUUAGUACUGACGCAGAAUGUUUUACCUAAUACAAAAACAAAACUGUUUCAUAGUAGUUUAAAGAAUAAGACAAAAUAAAUUACACCCAAAUCGAAAAGUGUAUAGAAAUA